AUGGGUUUGGAGGGAAACAAACAGACGACCUUGAGCAAUGAUCAGAAGAACACUACAGAAAAGAAAUCAAACCCUAAACUAACGUUACUACCUCUAAUCGCCCUAAUUUUCUACGAAGUUUCCGGGGGUCCAUUUGGUGUAGAAGAUUCAGUCAAUCCGGAGGCGAGCUCUACUUUCAUUACUAGGGUUCUUAAUUUUCCCCAUUUUCUGGAGCAUCCCAGAAGCAUUAAUCACAGCCGAACUCGCUACAAGCUUCCCGGAAAACGGCGGUUAUGUCAUCUGGAUAUCAUCGGCGUUCGGCCCUUUUUGGGAGGUCUUCAUAUCGUCGGAUUUUCUGCUGUUCUUCUUGCUUCUUUCUCUCUCCUUCCAUUUGCAGUCAUGGGUAUUCUUUCAAUCCCCAAAAUCCGGCCUAAAAGAUGGGUAACUUUGGAUUUCAAGAAGGUUCAAUGGAGGGGUUACUUCAAUAGCAUGUUUUGGAACUUGAAUUAUUGGGAUAAAGCAAGUACAUUAGCUGGUGAAGUUGAAGAUCCAAGUAGGACGUUUCCGAAAGCUCUUUAUGGUGCAGUUAUUGUGGUGGUUUGUUCUUAUCUGAUUCCACUUUUGGCGGGAACUGGGUCAUUGGAAUCGGAUUCCAGUGAAUGGAGUGAUGGGUAUUUUGCUGAAGUUGGGUUUUUGAUUGGAGGUUCUUGGCUAAAAUGGUGGAUUCAAGCUGCUGCUGCUAUGUCGAAUUUGGGGUUGUUUGAAGCUGAAAUGAGUAGUGAUGCUUUUCAACUUCUUGGCAUGAGUGAAAUCGGAAUGCUUCCUUCUAUAUUUGCUUCCAGGUCAAAAUACGGGACACCAACAAUCAGCAUAUUAUGCUCAGCAACGGGUGUCAUCUUUCUAUCAUGGAUGAGUUUUCAAGAAAUCUUGGAAUUUCUCAACUUUUUAUACGCAAUUGGAAUGCUAUUCGAAUUCGCAGCUUUUAUAAAACUAAGAUUAAAGAAACCGGAUCUUCAUAGACCUUAUAAAGUUCCUUUAAAAACAUUUGGUGCAACAAUGUUGUGUGUACCUCCUGCUACUUUACUUGUACUCGUGAUGUGUUUGGCUUCCUUAAGAACGUUCUUGGUGACCGGUGGUGUUAUUGUUCUAGGGUUUUUCUUGUACCCUUUUAUCAUUCAUGCGAAAAAUAAAAAUUGGGCCCACUUUGUUUCCAUUGAUGAUAUAAAAUUAAAUGAUUGUGAUGUUGAAGAUGAUGAAAACGUAAUGCGCCACAUGGCGGAUGAAGCCGGGGUCCGUUUACUAUCGGAUUCUUCUUCAUCUUCUAGUAUGGAAAAAGUAUCUGAAAUACAGAAGGAGAACCUCGGAGCAACAAUUCAAUUGCUGAAAUCAGCAAGCGCGAUUCAAUUCAGGUAUUCAAGAAUAAAUGGGCGCGAAUCACUUGCAAAGAACAACUUCCUCAAAUUCUUGAUCCUAACAAUCGGUAGAGAAAAUCUCCCUCUUCACAACCGAUUAAUCACUUCAAUCGUAAAAAACGCCACUCUAUCCAAAACCCCACCACCAACAUUCAAAAAGUUCACAAAAUCCCUCAAUGUGAAGAUUGCGAGGGGACAAAGGAACAGUCUGCAGUCAUAUGUUUCUUCGUCCCCUCGCAAGAGCCGGUCCCCACGGGACCGGAAGUUAAAAGACCGUUUUAGCCCUCUCGGGCCAAACGGUAAAUCCGAUUUCCACCAAAGUCCAACCGAACUUCAUUCUCUCGGUAGCCGACCGCCAAUUGAAGUUUUAUCGGUUGAAGACGGCGAAGAGGUUGUUUCCGGGAGCCCAGGGAUUCAGAGCAGAAGCCCGGUCACAGCUCCUCUCGGUAUUUCAUUAAGCAAAACCCGAAAGAGCUUGUACCGGGCUUCUGUCCAUGGGCCCGCAAACGCUUCGCGGGCCCAUAUGUGUCAGAACAAUUUUGAAUUGCCCGAUAGUCGAUACUUGAGGGGGUGUUUGCGACAAAAGUUGGAAGUUGAGGGGAUAAGUGUUUCGGAAGAUUGUGCAAAUUUGUUAAAUGUUGGUUUGGAUGCUUAUUUGAAAAGAUUGAUCGAGCCUUGUAUCAGUCAAGCCCGGUCAAGGCUCGGUCAAAGUCAAAGUCAAAGUCAAACUGCCUCUGUUUUAAAUGGGCCGAGGGUAGUUUCGUCUGUUUUGGAUCUUAGUGUUGCGAUGGAGUGUGAUCCACGUAGACUUGGAGUUGACUGGUCAACGCAAAUGGAGAAAUUACGGUUAAGUACUUUUGAAGAAUAA